AUGGUGCGUUGAAGCCGCAAAAUUACUGUUCAAUAAAUUUUAUCAGUUUUGGACUUGUUCAUGAAAAAAUUUUCGAUGUUUUUCUUGGAAAAUCUUGAAAAAUAGUGCUUUGAGUGAAGGAAUUAGUUUCAAAACAUUUAAGAAAAGAUUUUCACCUGAAGAGGACAUGGGCGUUCUUCCACAACAAUCUUCUGUUUCUGGGAAAAUUCUCGGUAAGGGACAUCUUGUGAAAUUGUGUAGCUUUACUAGAUAUUUCCAGUUUUUUCGAAGUAACUCAGUUUGAACAACCAUUUUUCGAAUUUUAUGAUUAUCAGCUUUCUUUCAGGAUGUGAUCUCGGUUUUAAGCUUAUCGGUUAUAUCGACUUAUCUACCGUGCAGAACCUAACAAUUUUUACUUUCCACGCGGGAUCCCCAAGGAGCUGUGCUUCAAUUUGCAAGUUUGGUUCUAAGCGGCAGGUAAGGUUCUCUUUUUUCCUUUGCUGUGAAAAUUGAGCGUUGAUCUGGAUUUUCGAAAGAAAAUUAUGAAAAAUAAAAUUAAAGAAACUUUCAUACCUUCAUGGAGCCAUGUUUUGCAUUGAUAAUAUGAAAAUUUGAUAAAAAAAAGUAAAAUCUUUUGAAAAUUAAAUAAUAAUUCCACUUUCAAGUAAUCACACUUUUCAGUUAUUCUGCGAAGCGUUUGUGUACCUUCAAGGUUCUUCAAGAAAAGCUACAGAUGACUGUUAUCUUCUCUCUUCCGCGCCAGAGAAGUCACUGGAAACUCAGAAUAACAAUGAAAUUUACUCAAAAUGUUGAUCUUAUAAUGAUAUUUUAUCCACAGAUUAGUGUGAAAACCUAACAAGUUUCCUUCAAUCUAAAAUUUUGAUUAAAUAUAUUUGUUCUGAAAAAUAUGAAAAUAGUCGUGAAAAGUUUUUUUUUUCCUCCUUCAUCCUCCCUUUUUUAGGACUCGUUCUGAUAAUUUAUCGUCACGAAUUUGAUGAAAAAAAUCAAAAAUUAUUCAAGUUCACAGAGAUCUGUGCUAUGUCAAUGUUUAUAAAUCAAGCCGGUUUCAAGUAUAUCCGACUUAAUAAAAUUGAUCAAAAAGUUUGCUUUCUUAACCCGAAAAAAGGAAAGAUUGAGAAAAAAUGCGCUCCAUGGAAAAUUUUCCUCAUCGAUGUCCUUGUUGUUUUUGACGACUGAAACUUUUAAAGUAUGGCAGCACUGUUGAAAGGUUUAUUCAAUAAAAUAUCGAACCCGAGAAGCAAACAAGUGAAGGUUGGUCUUUAUCAUUCGACUCUAUUUUGAUGGUUCUUGUUUUCAGUUUUUACUGUUUGCAUAGAUUCGAAUUCUUUUUUUUUAUGUUCAUCUUUAUUAUUUUGUAGAAAAAAAAAUUAUCAAAAGCUCUCAAUUGAAAGUUUACUUUUUGUGUGAAAAAAAUUUAUGUCAUUCACAAACUUAAAACGACUAUUUUGAAAAACAGCUCUGAACUUUAUUUUUUUCAGCAAUUCGAACAGCUGGAAGAUGCAGAAAACGUCAUCAUCGAUUCUUUGGCACUUCGUUGUCCGAUUUGUUACGCCGUCUACCUCGACGUUCCGUUGAACUUAUACUGCGGACACACGUUCUGCCAAAGCUGUCUCGAAGCCAUCGUUCGCCGUGAAAAUAACGGCAUCAGAGCCAGAGAGAAGGUCAGAAUUUUUACUUUAGGGCUUCAAUUUUUUUGAUGUGUGGAUCAUAUUUCAAAACGAUCGCUAUAUUUUGAGCAGUCUGUCAAAAAUCAUUUUUUUUUCAGCCCGUGUAUCAAAAUCUGUUCCGGAAAAAAUGUUCACAGUUUCGUUUUCGCCUAUCACACUAACUUUUUCUUUUUUUCAGAAUCUCGCAUGUCCUCUGUGCAGAGAAGCAUGCUGUUUGAAGACCGCUGUGAAGAAUUAUGUCGUGCGCGAUAUUCUCGACAGUCUUGGAGCUUUGUCAGCCACGCCAGAAAUCACGGACAAAAUUGCCGAAACCACCGCUAAAAUACAUGUGAGCUUUUCUUUCUUUUUCUAGGGAGUUUCGAUUUCAGAAUGAACGUCUGCGCGAGAAAGUCAAAAAAUUGGAAGGCACAAUCAAUUAUUUGCGCCAAGAAAUCGAGGAAGAAAAGCAACGCAGAGGCGGCAACUACAUCGCGAUCGCACUUUUCGCAACCUGCGUCUCGGCGAUUCUUUCCGCCAUUUUCCGUUAA